CGCGGCCUCGCCGGCGCGCCCGCGCCGGCGGGGCCGCGUGGGCGUGCGGCGGGCCUCGCGGCCCGCGGGCGCCGGCGAGGAGUGGCGCCGCAAGGACGUCGUUCCGUACGGCGGCGAGGAGCUCUCGAAGCUCGGCGGCAAGCGCCCUCCCGUGAUGCCGGCGCUGACCUCCAAGGACGCCUCAUCCGUGGAGAUCACCGGCCUCACCGCCGCGAGCGACUCGACGCCGCGUGCGGUCGAGGACCGCCUCGGCGCCGCCCGUCCUCUCAGCAUCGCGGAGCUGCUUUACGAUAGGUUCAGCAACUGCGACGCGGAGGGCGUGGCGGCGUGCCUGACGGACGACGUGCGGUACGAGGACCUGCUGCUCGGAGGCUCCACCCUGGCGACGUCGCGCGACGACAUCCGGGAACUGAUCAAGACCCAUCCCGUCUUCGUGUACAGGGGGGCCUGCGACUUCCUCGGGGUUCGGCCGCCGCAGAUCACCAUCAAGGUGGACGGCAUCUCCGAGGACCAGGACCGCGGCUCGGUGGGCGUGGAGUGGCACGUGGAGGUCGACGGCGAGCCCCUCGCCCUCGGCCGCGGCAUCAGCUUCCUCAGGAUCUGCCCAGAGACGGGCCUCAUAAGUCGCGCGGUGGACAUCGCGGAGGCGCCGUGGCGCGUGGUGGGCGUGGUCAUGGCGCCCUUUGCGCAGGGUAUACGCGGCCUCUCGCGAUUCGGCAAGGUUGUGAUCUUCCCGCCGCUGUUCGUGCUGGCCUGCGUCGCGGUGGCCCUGGGCUACGUCAACGUCAUCGUCUCUGUCGCCUUCUUCGACAAGUCCACCAUGUACGAGGUGCGAUCGGCCGUCGACCUCCUCGAUGACUUCCGGGACAGCCUGGACCUGUCCUCGCUCCUGGGUGCGCGGUGAAGUGAGCCUGCAGCCGUGUCCCGCUCAGCGCGAGGAAGAGUGGGAGGACACUAUGUUUCGGUCGUAGCGGCCCAGCGACUCGCCAGGGCGCCGGGCGCCCGCACGGCCGGAGCCGCGCGCGCACGCAGUGUCGGCGG